GUUCAGGGGUCACUGGUGAACAGCGCUGUGGAAGUAGACGGUUCUAAAAAUCAACUGUUUAUUUACAAUGUUUAUCUUUAUCUUUACCGAUUUGCUCAUGAGCUGCAUUAAAAACUGUUUGCCCAGUUAAUAAAUCUGUAUACGUGUUCGCUAUUCUCUCUUUUUACGUCUAGAAUUUAAACCUGACCAACGGCAAACUGAUAAGUUGUUAGCCAUUAAGACUUCUUUUAGUUUUCUGAUUAGGUGUUACAAAGAGAAGAGUUUCAACUGCUGGUAAAAACAUACAGUAUAUACUCCCAAAAUGCAGGAAUUAAUCGCGAAUGUCGAUCAUAUCAAGUUUGAUCUAGAAAUUGCUGUAGAACAACAGUUAGGCGCUCAACCACUGCCAUUUCCAGGAAUGGAUAAAUCUGGUGCAGCUGUAUGCGAGUUCUUCAUGAGAGCUGCCUGUAUGAAAGGUGGAAUGUGUCCUUUCAGACACAUCAGUGGAGAAAAGACUGUGGUGUGCAAGCACUGGCUUCGAGGUUUAUGCAAGAAAGGAGACCAAUGUGAAUUUUUACACGAGUAUGAUAUGACAAAGAUGCCUGAAUGUUAUUUCUACUCUAAAUUUGGGGAGUGCAGUAAUAAAGAGUGUCCAUUUCUGCAUAUCGACCCAGAAUCUAAGAUUAAAGAUUGCCCAUGGUAUGAUAGGGGAUUUUGUAAGCAUGGUCCGGAUUGCAGGCACAGACACACACGAAGAGUCAUCUGUGUAAAUUACCUUGUUGGCUUCUGUCCGGAGGGCAAAUCAUGCAAAUUUAUGCAUCCAAGAUUUGAACUCCCUAUGGGUGCGACUGAACAGCCACCAUUACCACAACAGGCACAGUCACAGCAAAAGCAGCAAAACACGCAGCCCACAAACAGGUCAUCACAGUCGCUCAUCCAGUUAACCAACACCAAUGUUAACAGCAACCAGAGAAUGCCAAAUGCUGUUGGGAUUGUGCACUCUAACAACAACAUGGGUGGACCUCGCGGUCCUCGUCCACUGGAUCAAGUUACGUGUUACAAGUGCGGUGAGAAGGGCCAUUACGCAAACAAAUGCACAAAAGGACACCUGGCGUUUUUGAGUGGACAGUAAAGUUUUCUACAAAAAGGAUGUCCAAUAAAUGUGACUAUAACUUGCAACGUGAGACAUUUCAUUCCUGGUACAGUCAAGGAAUAGCUUACCCAAAAUGAAAAAUUGCUUAAAAUGUACUCACCCUCAGGCUAUUCAACAUAUAAGUAAGUUUGUUUGUUCAUCAGAACAGAUUUGUAGAAAUUUAGCAUUACAUCACUUGCUCACCAAUGGAUUCUUUGCAGUGAAUGGGUGCCGUCAGAAUGAACAGCUGAUAAAAACACCACAGUAGUCCAUCAAUUAAUGAAUUAAUGAAGUGAAAACCACAUGCUUUCUAAAAAACAAAUCCAUCACAAAGGCAUUUCUAUAAUCCACCACCAUAUUUGUUUAUAUCAGUUUUGGACUGUUGGAGUCAUGUGGAUUGCAACUGUUUGGACUCUCCUUCUGACAGCACCCAUUUACUGCAAAAGUUCCAUUGGUGACAAAUGAUUGUAAUGUUACAUUUUAGAAGAAGGAGAAACAAACUCAUUUACAUCUUUGAUGGCCUGAGGGGUGGGUACAUUUAAAUUAUUGGGUGAACCAUGUUUUUAAUGCUUCCCUGCAAAGGCUAUAGUUGAGGGACAUACAUGUGGCUCUACCUCACUGUCCAUGUGCCAAGUGCGUCUCAGUAUACAAUGAAAAUGAAGAAUGAUCAGCAACCACCGUUUUCAUAUAGACUUUUGUUUUACUUUCACAUGAAACCUUACAGUCUUUUGGAUUUGAGCAAAAAGCAUCUUGCUUAAACUUUACAGCAAUGCUGGAGUUAGAGGAAAAUAUUACAUCUAUGUUUUUAGAGAGAAUGUUGUCCUUUAGCAACAUUAGAAAAGACAUCACUUUGUGGUCUAUCAAGACUCUUGUGUACAUUACAUAAAACUGAUUGUUGAGUUGUUCUUACUACAAUAAAGAUUACUGGAUUUAUGAAAUCAU